AUGCUGGCAUCCUGCCCCUUGGCCACUACGACCUGGCCAGAUCCAGUCCAGCUCUUCAGCAAGACACUCUGCACUCCCCAGGCAGCCAGUAACACCUCCCAGGGCUUCAGGGACAUUAGAGUACCCAUCUCCGGGCUGCGCUGGCUCUUCCUUCCCUCUAGUCUACUGAUGGUGGCCACACUGGCCCUGAGCCCCCUGAUGCUGGUGACCAUCCUGCGGAGCCAGAGGCUGAGGCAUCAGCCCCAGUACCUGCUGCUGGCCAACAUCCUGCUCUCAGAUCUUGCCUACAUUUUCUUGCAUACACUCAUCUCCUCCAGCAGCCUGAGUGGCUGGGAGCUGGGCCGCAUCGUCUGCGGCAUCCUAAGGGAUGCUGUCUUUGCUUCCUAUACUAGCACCAUCCUGUCCUUCACAGCCACUGUGCUGCACACCUACCUGGCUGUUACUCAUCCUCUGCGCUACCUCUCCUUCGUGUCUGGCAGAGCUGCCAGGAAGACAGUGGCCCUCAUCUGGCUGGUGGCCUGCAUCUUCCCCACAUUUCUCCUUUGGUUUAGCAAGCAGCAGGAUGCCAGUCUGGAGAAACAAGACACCUCCUGCAUCCUGCCACUAGGCCUGGGCACUGAGCAGAGCCGUGGCACCUUGGUCACUGUCACCCACACCUCCAUAGUGUGCAUUCUCUUUCUGUGCACAGCUCUCAUUAUCUACUGCUUCUGGAAGAUUUAUGCAGAGGUCAGGCCUUCAGGCAUCUGCACACAAGGCUAUUCCCGGGCCAGAGGUACCCUGCUAAUCCACAUGGUGCUGAUCACACUGUAUGUAGGCACAGGGGUGGUAUUCUCCCUGGACAUCAUGCUGACCAAGUACCACCACAUUGGUUCCAGCACCCAUGCAUGGCUCCUGGCAGCCAACAGUGAGGUGCUCAUGAUGCUGCCCCGUGCCAUGCUCCCAUACCUGUACAUGAUUCGCUACCGCCAGCUGCUAGGGGUAGUCCGAAACCACUUCUCACCCAGGAGGCAUGGAGACAUUUUUACCAUUUUCCAGAACUACGAGGUCCACAAUCUGGCAAGCUAA